AAUGUCAAAUUUGCAAUCACAUCGAGAAUCGAGCCAUGCCGAACCAAAUGGGCUGAUUCAUGUAAGGCAUAUGUCACCUAGUCAAUACAAAAGCCAUAGAAAUGGGGUCACAAACCCUAGCAAUUUCAGAGCCUAAACUGGACGAAUCGUAAUUGGAGCCAUUGCUUAGAUAAUCUGUCUGCCGCUAUCAUCACGCUCUGUUCAGAUCAACAACUGGGGUUCUCCUUUCACUCGGUUGUAAUUCGUCACCUGGAUGGGUGUUAAUAGUUUGAGUCCCAGCGAGUAGAUACUAAACCAGAGACUAUUAAAGUUCAGCCCGGGAAACUCUAUCCACGGCCUAUGGUACUUUUCACCUAGGUGUGAAGAUUUCCCAAAGCUACACAAGGUUCCUGUCAAUUGAGUUCUCACUCUUUACGUAACUAAUCUCAGUCUGAGGUGCGAAAUUUAGGUGGGUGAGCAUUGAGGGACAGUUUGUGUUGGCCUUUAAUUUCGUGGCUGGGCGGAGGGAAGCAAUGCUGUGAGGUGCAAUAUAAAUCUAACUACGGGUGUAAAACGCACAACCGUGAAAUGGGUGGGAAGCAUUUGUACCUCAAUGUGCGGGAUCACGCGGUGCGGUUGUGAGACAGGUGCGUGAGCUUACUGGAGUUGUGAAACUGAAGGUUCGGAACUGCAAGGGAACCACGCCGACGUUUAAGUACUGGAUCACGUUUUCGGACGGCGUGUGCCUUUACUUCCUUCAGCAGAUUGCCUGUAAAACGCACAAAGGUCAGCAGCACACCUCGCCAGGAUGACAGUGGAUUCAACUGCCCCACCUAGGAGACGGCCCAAGGGUUCAUUUGGGGUUCAAACCCCAGUGUCAGGUGAAGCAGUGAUUCUUGAAUCUCCACCUAGAAAUUAUGAAGGCCCGAAGUUCGUCGCUAAUUUAUUAUCAUUGGACCGGCGACAUUCGAAAUGGGUACACGAGAAUUGCCUAACGGAUUGGGCCUAUUUUUUUCUGCGGUUUUUUGAAUAUUCAGGUGAUGGAUUAUUUUGGUUGCCAGCAGCAGCAGCCUUCUGGAUAUCUCCAUCGGCUGGGACUCCUGAUACCCGUAUGUUUGCUGCAAAUCUUUUUGUGAGCUUGAUAUUCGACCUCAUUGUGGUUGGCUCCAUUAAAUCUUUUGUGCGAAGGAGGCGACCGUCUUACAAUAGGGGACACUUAGUUGUUGUCUCACUGGAUAAGUGGUCUUUUCCUAGUGGCCACUCCACGCGUGCCGCGAUGGUUAUGACCCUCUUCUGGCUCUAUACCCCACUGUGGCGCUCCCUGAUAAAUCAAUCCUGGUAUCCUUAUUUGGCUCUUAGGUUUGAGAACAACUCUUCCAUGGCACUGUUCCUUCUGCCAUUGGUAGAAAAGCACCUUUUGGUUAUCGCAAAUUGUGCGUUUUCGAUUUGGGCGUUGGGCACAAUCUGUUCUCGAGUCGUGUUGGGCAGGCACUACAUUCUAGAUGUAAUUGGAGGGGUAAUGGUUGGUAUGCUUGAGGCCCUUGUAGCACAUUUUUUCUUGCAUGUGCCUACCAAGGUUUCAGAGUUGCAGCAUGCUUAUCUGCUCUCUAAGUACGUCUAAUACGUAGAAGUAUUGUAGAGGAUUUUGAUGGCUGGAAAUUUUCCACUUCCUUCAUUGAGAUGAAUAGAAAGAUCAUUGAACUGACCAGGGGACUUCGUGAAUAGAAGUUGCGUCGCCAUAAAGGUAGCCAAUAGUGCGGGUUCGAUUGUCAGUUAAAGGUACCUCAAGUGCCAGUGCUAUGAUUCGAAGGGGACAUUAUUGCGUUAGAUGUGUUCUCCUUUUGCAUGUGUUCAUAGUUCACACAUUCUUUACAGGUCUGUAUUGCAGAGUUUUGAUGAUACUCAGGGCCUUGCAUGAAUAAUUCUCAUUGCCGGGUUAUUUGGAACUUGAUUCAGGAAAGUAUGCAAAUUGAAUUUAGUGUCUUACAGAGGAUAGUUUCGUUGAAUUCUUUUAAUGAGUCGGUCAAUGUUUUAUGUUGUUUCCACGUCUCUCAGACGUCAACAACUAGGCAAAAGACCGUACUUGGACUAGAAAUCCGCCACAUAUGCGUAAAUUGUACACCUAGGAGAAAAUAAAUUUCGAACAAAGUUUUUUUUA